GUGAUGUUAAUCAAACGGUUUUUGUAAAUUUUCAAUUUUGGAAUCCUGAAAAAGAUAAAGUUUUGAUCGUUUUCCGAAUAAUUUCGUUAGUUCAUUAUUUUAUGUAAAUGUUUAAUUGAUUUUUAUUUCGGUAUCUAUUUUCCAUAACGAGAUUCACGUAAGUCAAACAAGAUGAAAACCGGUUCGGAAAAUGCGAAUAGAAAUGUUGGCGUAGACAAAGUUAUGCGAGAUGUAAUGCUUGUAAAAAAAAAAAAAACAAACAAUCAUGCCGUAAUAAUAAUAUUACAUGUUUUUUUCAGAAGGUCGGUAAAAAAGGCGGUCGGAAAUUCUUGCAGACUUUGCAGCCGUCUGGCGACAAAGAAAAUUUAGUCGGCAGACUUUCUGACAGGUAUGAAUUGUUUUGAUUUAUGUAUUAUCUGCGUUACCUACUAUUGUUUAUGUUUGUCUUUCAGUUCUGAUACUAAAACGGCGAAACCACAAACUAAAGUUGAGGAAGUACAAGUAAAUUUGAAAGAACAUAAAUCUUUAGUGGCCAAAGUCAAUCCAUCUCUUUACCAGAAGUUGAUUAUCGAAGAUCUCACUAGUACUGGUACUAAUACCUUUAUUUAUAUUCAUAUAUCUGGCUGAUUGAGAACAAAUUGUUUUUCUUUUCUUCUAAGUGAUUAUAUUUUUUAGCUGGUCCAAGUGAAAAGUAUUGGGAAGUUAUUGCAGAACGACGUAGAAAGGCCCUGGAAGAUGUCCUGGAACAAAAUCGUAAAUUACACAGUAUCAUUGCUGCAUUGGAAGAAGAAAACAAUUCUUGUAAAUUGUUGCUCGAAGAAACUACUGAUUUUGUGAACACAUUAAUGGUAUAUAUUAUAUACAAAAUGAUUCAAAUAUUUAUAUCUAAUUAUGUAAAACAAAUUGAAUUAAAUCUGAACUAUGUGUAUUUUUCAAUAAAUCUAUAGGACUAUGUAUUUAUUAUGAAAUUAAUAUAAAUAUCAUUAUAAUAAUUUAGGAAAUGGUAAAUGAAGAACGAGAAAAUAAUGAUGAUGAAGAUGGUGACAGUGAUAAUCAAGAAAGUAUUGAUGAUGAUAAAGACGACAAAUUGGAUGAAGAUGAAGAUCAUGAAGUUCAUGACGAAUUGGUUGAAGAUGAAGCUCGUGACAAAUUGUCACCAACUACUUAAAACUAUUAGAAAAUUCUCAGACAGUAAAUGCGAACAAUUUUCAUUUACUAUGAAUGUAAUUUUAAUUUAAACUAUACAACUGAUUUAUUAUUAUUUUUUUUUAAUCUACCAGGUUAUAAUUUGUUUUCUUAUUUAUCGAUAAAAAAUAUAAAUUUAAAAAUUAUCCACUUGUAAUAUUAAAAAUGUGUGGAUGGAAACC